AUCAAAGUGUUAACCCAGAAUGGAGAAUGUCAGAUUGAUCUGUGCUUGGGAGACAUCACAAAACUCAAAAGAAAGGAUAAAGUUGAUGUCAUUGUGUUUCUGCUUUCCAGGGUGACUAUUCCGCCACACCUACGUCCGUCAUUGGAGCCCUGACGAGGACCUUAGACAUAAGUGUACGUAAUCUGGCUAGGGAUAAAGAGGAAGACCUUCGAAAGCUCUACUCAUGCUGGUGGUCUAAACCUCUUCCAAACAAGCAACCCUACAAGAGACUUCUCUGUUUUGAAACAAGAAGCUUUGGAUCAGCGGGUCGCCCUCAGGAGCUAGUAGCUAAUGUCUUCCGUUGCUUGGUUCCUAUUCUCAACAAUCAAGAUGGAACCGUCAUUACUCCACUGCUUAAUACAGGAGAUCAGGGUUACGGUGAGGUGAGUAUGAUGAAGGGUAUGGUGGAGGCUGCGGUGAAGUGGAUGAAAGCAGGACUUCCUCUCCGAAUCCUCAAACUAGUCCUCUAUGCCAAGGUGAUCGAUGGUGACCUACAGGGCCAUUCACUCAGACGAUUCUCAGAAGUUCUCAAGACGUUUACUGAGCUCAAGGAACGCUAUGAGAUGCAGCUUCUCUUACCUAAGGCUGUGCCUUUGGAGUUUGAUGUUUAUCUGUCAUUCAGUGAGGAGGAUAAAGAGGUAGCUAAGGUGAUCAGAGAGAAGCUGUCUGGAGCUAAGGAUGGGGUGCGUAUCUAUGACAGCUCUCACCAGGGUAUUAAUAAAGACACUGUGUUUCAAGAAGAUAUGUACUCCAUCAUGAUGAAGAGUGCCAGGGUAGUCACAGUGUUGAGCCCAAACUACCUCAGGAACAAGGCAUGCAUUGAGCAGUACAACAUCGCUCUGUGCUGCAACCGAAGAGCUCUACGUGAUAUGCUUGCUCCUAUCUAUGUGGACUCAGUGGAGAUGAUGCCAACGUACAUGGGUCUUGUGCAGUACGUCGACUGCAGACCCCAUGAUCCUUCUAAGAUAGGAGAAGCGUGUUCUCAGCUUACAGUCUCUCUCUCUGUGACCUUUCAUACCGAGCUGAGAGUAGCAGAGUUUGACCCACUCCGCUAUGAUGUCUUCCUCUCAUACUCCCAUCGGGACACGGAGAAGGCCAACCGCUUUGUGGAAAUGCUGCAGAAACUGGCUCCGGACUUGAAGCUUUUCUUUGAUGUGCAGGAACUGAAGACAGGUAAAUCUUGGCAGCGUACCCUGUACCACUCCAUAGAUGGGUCUCGUUGUAUGCUAGCUCUCAUAUCAGAACCUUAUCUCAAGUCAGCAGUCUGUCAGGAGGAAUUUGCUCUUGCUCAGGCCAAACACUGCGCAAAGGGUAAGCAGCACCUUCAACUGAUAUCCAUCUGCCUUGACGACCUGGACACCAUCCAACCUGAAUUCACUCACAUCCCCAUGGUCAAGGGUACACCGGAUGUCUUUGAUGACAUGGUCAAGACUGUAUGCCCAGCGGUCAUUCAGUGGCUCAACGGAGAGAGGGUGGACCAGACAGAGACCAUCAAGACUUUGUUUGAUGAUCAAAAUAUUACAACUUUGUCAGCAGAUGCAGAGAUGGAAAAGUUCCGUCAGUCUCAUUUCCAGAAGGAAUUUGGAACUCAAGACAGUUUGAUAUCAUCCAAGUCUCCUUUCCCUCCUAAGCUGAGUGACAUCUUACCCGAGCCAGGGAAGGAGGUGAAAGAUAAACGUCCCAAGUCUGCCUCAGACUGUGACCUCAUCUUUAGUUACCAUAGCGAUGAUGAGAAGUACGUCUCUUUCAUUGUUAAAAUCCUUCAGCUGAAUGCUCCGUCUCUGAAAGUGAAGGCAGUCUGCAGCGAUGAGAACAAACUGAGCGCCUUCGAACGAGCUCACUGCAUUGUUCCCGUCCUCUCUCCCAACUAUCUAGAAAGCCCGGAAUGUGUUGAAGAGUUCCAUAUCGCCAUCUGGAGGCAGAGGAUCUCCAAUCCCGAAGCAGGUGCGCUGCUACCGAUCUGUGUCCAUACCCUCCCUCAAAAGCCUACAUACUUCCACCUGGUGCAGUCUGCAGUCAGUAUGACGGAUGGAAUCUGGGCUCAGCUCUCUGGUCAACACAACUUUGGCUUGCCUCAGAAGAUUGUAGAUUUUAGCCUUGCAGCGGGGAAGACGCCGCUGUCCCAAGUCGAUAUGCUGGCUCUCUACAUGGCUGCCUAUUAUAUCCUCAAGAGGUUUGCCAAAGCAAGGAGUUGUAAAGAGGUGGAGUUUUCCAUGAAGCCAGCGCUGUUUAACAUCAUGAAGCUCCAGGAACAGAUCAAGCAGCUCACUCAACCUGAUUACACAGAUCAACUAUGCAAGACUCUUCUGGACAUUCAUUUUGAUGACAUUCCAGACAGUUGGAGAGAAGGAGGUCACUAUCUGAGACCAAAAAAACCUGAAGACACAACCCCAGCCAUCAUGGCUCCUGUAGAGGGAGCAAGUGAUUCUCAAACACACAAUGCUUUGAAUGAGAGAACUCAAGAUUCCUCUGGUUAAGAUAAGAGUGAGGUACAGGGAGAGAAAGCUCAACGUUCAGCUUCAGAAGAGGUUUCUCAUGAUACUGUCCAACAGAUGGAUCAGGACAAUGACCUUAAGGCAGCCCAGGGACAGGACACAGCAGAGGGACAGGACGCAGCAGAGGGACAGGAUUCAGAAGGGGGACAAGACUCAGAGGGGGGAUGGGACUCAGAUGGGGGACGAGACUCGGUAGGAAACAAGACGGAUGCAGACAAGAUGACUGGUAACCAUGGUGAUGAAGGAGGGGAUGGACAGGUGGGAGGAAGUGAGGAAUCCAAAGAGAAAACAGAGGAUGAAGAUGAGGACAUCAGCAAAAGAAACAGAGCACCUCGCUCAGUUGCAUGCGUUUGUUUAUAAUACUGCCAAAGGAUGACAAUGUAUCAUCACCUUCAUGCUGGAAUGCUCCCCAGGGAGUGGAGAAUGGGCAAAGGCCUACUUUGGGUGUGCGGGUAAGCCUGAAUCCGAUGACCGGGGUAAUAAUAUAUCUGUAAAGCGCUUAGAGACAUCAUUGAUGUAUAAGGCGCUAUAUAAAAGCGGAAUUUUAUUAUUAUUAAUGAAUACCUUACAGAUAGAUUAGUAUUGGAUUUUGACCAUUGAUGAGAUUAUUCAAAGUAUUUAGGUUUCAACCUGUGUGAUCAUUUUUGAAAGAUCAGGCAAGAAACUGUCAAAUUAUUUAAUAGGCCAACUCUUCCACUGGUUAAAGUACAUGCUUAGUAAGAGUUGCCCCCUGCCAAAAAACAAAGAAUUUAGUACAAAAUGGAGAGGCAUUCCCAUGUGUCUUCUAUGUUCUGUGCCUAAUAUCACUUUUAUAUUGUGUUUACCGUAAAUGUAUAACAGGGCUGUGUAUGUGAAGAGUUGUGAUUGUAAACUGGUGCGAUUGAUAUUGAUGGCAAAUCCCUUUCCAUGAGGUAGAUGAUUGUAAGUUUGAGUCAAUUAUAAAUUUUACAUACCCCCUGCUUACAAACAUAGUGUGAACACAAUUCUUGUUUAACAUUUAUUCAGUGAUUAUGUUUUGGUCCAGAUACACUGUCAUCUCUGCCAUUCAUAUUCUGUAACAUGCCAGUUUUAGAGCUUUACAUACGGGUCGAUUUGUGCAAAAUGCAAAUUCACAAUCAUAAAACAGUUUCCAAUAUUAU